AUGUCAUUGUGUCCGCACCAACUCGUUCGGUCCCGUCUGAACGGGUUGCUUUCGCCGCAAUGCCGCAGCGCAGGCCGAUGGUAUCGGGACCCCGGGGCGCCAAAUUUUGGACAUAGAGUGCAGCAUGCCUCGACUUCCGGUUCUUCAGCGAUCUUGGAGCCUGGAACUACACACGAUGACCUCAGUUCCGGAAUAUCGCAACUUGCCAACCACGAUCCCGAAAGCCCAUACCCCGAGGAGUCAAGUCAUUUCGCAACAGAUGAACAUGGCAACGCUGAGAACUCAACCUCGAGAACUCGAUCAAACCACCGUCAAAUUCGAAGAAAUGCGGCACCACUCCCACUCAUGCCGAAGAAGGAAAUACGGAAGAUUAUCCAUGCGCAAGGUCUUGCUCCCAGUCUCGUGAAUCCUAUAUCUAGGAGAAUCAACGUCGCAAUUCAAAAACAGGGCAGACCAUUGAAAAAGCGAACACUUUACCUGAUGACUGUGAUGCGACUGAACUCCAUAUAUACGCGCGAGCUGGGAAUUCGCCAAUGGAAACCCGCAUAUGAAGCGAUCUACAAGGCCAAGGUAUAUGACCGCGAUGUCAUAAACAAAGCUGUUCUUCCUACACUGCGAGGCGAGGGAGAAGCAUUGCUAGAAUUGGUCCGCAGUGACUGCCAAGGGAAAUUCCGCGAAGAGUGGGGAGCUAUGACAAGGCCUCGAAAAGCAUUUGCCUGGCAGCGCCUUGCCAUUUGGCUGUUGCAGAACGACCCAAAACUAGCAUUGGAGUUUCUGCUUGUUACGACCGCGACCCAAGAAAAGCCGGACUUUACUCUGGUCGCUGAUUGUCUGUUGUAUUUGGAUAGAUUCUAUUAUGAGGACUGGCUUGAGGAUUGGCAGAGCGGUGAUCACACAUACCAAUCGCUUGUUGAGACUUGCCUGAACCCAAGGGAGUGGCCCAUCUUACAAACACCUCACAAAGGAUUCCGGCUCUUUAUUCGCCGAGCCAGCGCAGACGGCGUCUCCGAUGCUCUGCGGAUUGUGAAGGAGAGGGGCAUCUUCAUGACAGCUGAAACUGCGCUUUGCUUUGUGAACCGUUUUACGGAACUCAAGGACGCACAACGGGCCUUGGAAGCCCUGGAUUUCCUCCCCAAGAUUAAAGACCCUGAAUUUGGCAUGAACUCUGAAGGUGUUUCACGACACUGCUGCAAACUCUUAACUCUUGACACUGUCGAGGAUAAAGAUGGUGGACGCAAUUUCCGAAUUCUUCCCCAACUACUCAAGAUGGGCAUCAACCCUGGACGAGACAUGAUGAACGUCGUGCUCGCCAACGCUUACAAAACCGGUGAUCCUCAGCUGGGAUCUGAUAUGCUUCAGUUCAUGAAGAAUCACGGCCAUGAUUUCGACUCCUAUACCUACUUGACUCUCCUCACGGACGCAGUCUCUCGAGGUGACCGCGGUCGUGUCGACGAGUUGGUCCAGGAGGUUGAGAUGCAAGAGGAACUUCGAAAGAACCCAUACAUCUUCAGCAAAAUCUUCCAUGCCCACUACACUUUUACCGCCAAGCACAUCGACCCUAAUACAGACCCCUCGGAGGUCUUCUACUCUAUGCUUGAAAUGUACAACAGACUCCACGACAUCACUCCCCUCAAAGAACUUCACAUGAUCCCUCCCCAAUACACCCAACCACCAACCCAAGGAAUCAGAGGCCCACCCUCCCCAGUAUCCUUGUUCCUAAUGAUUUCGACCUUUUUCCGCUGCAAAAACCGGCAGAACCAUGCGCAUCGCAUGUACGAACAGUUCCGCACUCUCGCGCAGCAGGGCCACCCAUCCAUCGCCCCUCUAGUCGAGACCGAUCACGUCUACAACGAGUUCCUCAUUGCCUUCCGCAGAGCCGACCGUGGACUGCGGGGUUGUGUCCGUCUCGUGGAGGACAUGCUCGACUCAUCCUCUAUCCCAAAGGAGACCACAGAUGGCAGACCUCUCCACCCUGUCCAGCCAACCCCCCGAACCUGGACGAUCCUCCUCAGUGCCUUCAACUACCACAACCGACCCGAUGCAGCAGAAAAGGUCAAGCAAAUGAUGGCGAAGCAUAACGUCAAGUAUAACGAGGUCACUUGGAAUACCAUCAUCAACGGGUAUGCGAAUGCGCAGAAGAUCCCCGAGACCGCUGCUGCGAUCAAGAUGAUGGAGCAGCAGGGUUUCCCUAUUGAUCCUUACACGAUGAAGAGUCUACGCUAUCUGCGUGACCCUGAGCGGCUCUGGGUUUCCAUGGAGGAGUUGGACGACCAGCAUGUUCAGAAGGGUCUUCAGCCUACUCCUCCGCUUACUGUGCCGGACUCUACUUCUGAUAUUCACGCUGGCACGGAAGAGCGUGAUCAGCUGAUUGAUCAUGGCUUAGAGAAAUUGAAGCCUAAGCUGUGA